UAUGAUGACAACCUCUUCUAGCGUAAGGAGCAUUGAAAAAUAAAAAACUGCAUGGAAUACUGACUACUAUAAAUUUUAAUACGCUUUAUUUGCAUAUUUAUAACAAUCAGUGGUGUGAAUUCAAGUAAUUUUGAAAACUUAAACGAAAUGGGCAAAUUAAACGUUACAUUGAUGAGGUACCUAACACCAGAAGACUUUAGAGUACUAGUCGCUAUUGAAAUGGGAAUGAAAAAUCACGAACUGGUUCCCGGUCCGAUGGCAGCUUCAAUCGCUAAUUUGCAGCACGGAGGCGUUCACAAGUUGCUUCGCGAACUCUGCAAGCAUAAAUUAUUAAGUUAUGAGCGCGGCAAGAGAUAUGACGGUUACCGAUUAACCAAUACUGGCUAUGACUAUUUGGCUUUGCACUCGUUGACGAAACGUAACGUGAUCGGAUCAUUUGGUAAUCAGAUAGGAGUGGGUAAAGAGAGUAACAUUUACACUGUAGCCGAUCCAGAUGGGCGCGAGUUAUGUUUAAAAUUGCAUAGACUUGGGAGAGUGUGCUUCAGAAAGGUUGCUGAAAAAAGGGAUUAUCACAAGCAUAGGAAAUCGGCUUCAUGGUUAUACCUUUCUCGCAUUUCUGCAACAAAAGAGUUUGCUUACAUGAAAGCAUUACAUGAUAGAAGCUUUCCUGUACCGAAACCAAUUGAUUUUAACCGACAUUGUGUAGUUAUGGAACUGGUACAAGGUACACUAUUGAACCAUGUGGCAGACGUACAAGAUGUGGAAGUACUCUAUGAUGAAUUGAUGAAUUUGAUUGUAAACUUUGCUAAUUCAGGGGUUAUACAUGGUGACUUUAAUGAGUUUAACAUUAUUCUCAAUGAAAAUGAAAAACCAGUUGUAAUUGAUUUUCCGCAAAUGAUGUCCACUGAGCAUCCAAACGCGGAAAUGUAUUUUAACAGAGAUGUCACUUGUGUCCGGGAGUUUUUCAAGAAACGGUUCUGUUUCGAAAGCGAAACUUUCCCAAUAUUUUCCGAUAUUCAAAGAAGUGACACUUUAGAUGCUGAAAUUCUGUGUUCUGGGUUCACUAGACAAAUGGCUAAAGAUAUUAAUUUGGAAUUAGGGUUUGAGGAUUCUGAAGAUAAUGAUAAACUUUCUUCCGACGAAGAAUUCUUUGAUGCCGAACCGGAAAUUAAUAAAAAUUUUGAAACUCUAGGCGAUCCUCGAAAUCCAGUUUCCAUUAAUGAUAUAUUCAGUAAUACUGAAAUGUUGAAAAUGGAUAAGUAUUCUGAUGACUCUUUCUCUGAAAGUGAUUCUGAGCAAUUUGAAUCUGCAAGCAUUAGAUCAACAGUGACGACGAUACAUCCAGAAGAGAUCAAAAGAAGAAUUAAACUGGAGACAAAAAAUAGAGUGAGAAACGCGCAGAGGAGAAAGUGCGUAGCUAAAGGUGAAGCAAACGCGGUCACCAGAACCAGAAGGGAAAACCGAGACAUAGUGAAAACAAGCAAAGGAAUCUGGGGUUACGAAUAGACUUAGUUUUUCAAACAACAUAUGUCUUAUAUAAAUAAGCUUUUCUUUUUUAUAUCGUUUUUUUUUGGAAAAUGAAUUUCCAAAAUGCU